AUGGAGAACACCAGGACUUGCAAAAGGUGUGGAUUCCAGUCAGUACGGGAGGAGCAAUUGACCAACCUUUCUCUGGACCUGAUUCCUGGAGGGUCCGUUGAAAAGAUGUUGGAAAAUUAUCUAAAAGAAAACGAGGUGGAAUACAAGUGUCCAUGUGGAGGGAAAGUGUCAGGCAUCUCUCCGGCUUUUGCAACCUUGCCAAAAUUCCUGAUCUUACAUCUGAAACGUUUCCGCCUGACUGAUUAUGGUCCGGAGAAGAUGGAUGAACCUGUACAGCUACAGAGGGACCUGGUGAUGUCGUCAAAGCUGGGUGGUGGCUGCUACAGUCUGGUCAGCACCAUCAGCCACAUAGGGAACACUGACAGAGGUAAGAAAAUCACAUGCUUACAAAUUAGAGACGAACUUAUAACAGUUAACAGACCUAACAAGUAUAGAAGCUCCUGA